UAUAUAAAAUUGCCGAAUGCGUAUAAACAGAAAUAUUUAAAAAGAUCUUAGGCCCGCAUAAACUAGGCCUUACUGGCAGUACUGAAAAAUCUAUAGAAUACGUGACGUGAACCUAUAGAUUUUCAAUACUACCAAAAUAAUAAACGAAGAGAAUCAAGUUCAUCUAAAAAGAAUAGGCCUAUACGCGUCAAGUACGUAGAUCUGGACCUCGAUUCUUGAAUUUGCGCAUACAAAAGUCUAUAGUACAUGUGACAGUAACAGUAGAGUUUUGUAUACAAAAGUUUUUCAACAAUUAAGGCCCUGUUCUUAUUCUCUGCACUAGGGCCGCGCGAAGCUCUACUAUGCAGAUGAAGAAGAACAGACCUAUAGAUCGUAAACAUCAAUCAGACAUAUUUGUAUUCUCGUCAUGAUGUUUUUUCUACGAGGUUAUAAAUAAAAGUUUUAAUGAUAUUUAAAUUACUGUGUUUAAAUUGUUUUUUAAAAAAAGUUAUACAGUAGACAGUUUGCGAUGGUUGUGAUAUUUGUGUGUGUAAUAAAUUUUACAAGUACACGUAUAUCUACACAUGUUUCCUAAGUGAUUGCUUCAUUAGUUUGUAAUGUUUUGUUGAAAGAAAAAUACUUUUAAAUCAAAAUUGCUUGUAAUGUUGUUGCACUCAUAAAACUUAUUAACUAUGUCGAAAAGUACCACAGCAAUUGCAAGACCAAAAGUUAGAUUUUCCGAAGUUUCUGACAACCCUCAAAACAAAGAGGACACGAACGAACGAUAUAAGGAAAAGGUUAUUCAGCAAACAAGUGGUCCAAGAAUUAAAAGCAUUAUGUCUCUUAAAAAACCUGUUAGAAUUGUGGAUCCUAAAAAAUCAAAUGCUGAUAGCAAAAUUACAUCUGAAAGUAACUGUGCGACAAAGAUCUUGCCACAUUCCAGUAAUACUGUAUCUGAAAGUACACGAAGUGCUCAGUCUUAUAAAAAUGUGCCAAAAGUUGAGUCAGUAAAAAUUUUAUAUAAUAAUACAACCAAUAUACAAGGAAAUGAUGGUAUAUCGCAAAUUGAUAAAAACGAUCAAGGUAAAGUUCUGAUGGAUUACAAAUCAAAUGUAGAACAGAAAGGAAAAGAAAAUAAAGGAUCUAAACAUCAAAAAAUGACAAAAUCCCGAUCUGUACCAAAUAUUAAGUCAAGUUACAAAGUUCCUAGAACAAGAUCUUUUAGUUCUAGUACAAAAUCUUCCACAUCCAGUGUUACGCCAUGUUAUAAAACUGUGACAAGAAAUAGAAUAUCUCCUGCUAAAAAGAUGGUAUUACGUGAUGUAUCGAGUUCGAAAGUUAGAACUUCUGUGGGACCAGGAAUUUAUCAUCCAAAAAAAGGAAACAAUACAAAAAUGAUGCAAAAAAAAGAUGAUACAAACAAAAGAUAUAUUAUUGGAUCAGAUGCUGAAGAACUGGCCCAACCAAAAUACAAUUCUAUUAUGUGUACUAUUGAUAAGCUAAAAGAAUAUCAACAACAAAGAAUUGUUACAGAUAUUAAUCACUUACCAUCUGCACAAAAAAAUAUUAUAAAUGGAAAGAUUUCUACAGCACUAGAUUUUCCAUUAGAUGAGAUACUUUACAAAAAUUUGGUGGACUUGAGCAUAGCUGAAGAGCAGUUGCCAUCUACUAUUACACGAAGUAAAGAUCCAAAACCUCGACAAAAAGAUGAUGUACUGAACUUGGCUGACUUCUUCACGCCUGAAGAUACAAAUGAAGUUUAUGAAGUUGUACAAAGUAAACCUCGGAUGCCAAAGUUAGUAGAAAAUUGGAAUGCUUUUAAAAUAUGUGAUAUGAUUCACGAAUGGAAACAUAGAUUAGAUGAUAUAUAGGUUACAAAGUAGCGCUGCAAAUGCUUCUAAGCAAUGUUCUUUGUUCCUACAUUUGCUAAGGAAGAUAGAUUGAUGAUUUGAAGCAUUUGUAGCGCUACGUUGACUUCAGCUAUAAAAUAACAUAUUGCUUUAAUUUAUUCAACAAAAUUAUAUUAAAUAUUAAAUUGCUGUAAUAUAACUAAU